AUCCGAGCGACCGAGCCUCACGUUUUCUCACCGUGACCUCAGACUGUUGCAGAGCCGAUGGUCGCCUUAUAGCUUCGUGUUUCAAUUAAAUUCGGGGAAACUAUCGGACGUUUACCGAAGCGGUAAGCUGCUCGUCAGCGUUUCUGUUGAGUCAUUUACCGGAAGCGCAUCCAAACGAGCCGCGCGAGCAGAAGACAUGGCCGAAAUCGUGGAGCUCUCCCCCGCUGCGGGCCCGGUGUCCAUCAGAGCCCCGGAGGACGAGAUAGACGACGAUGAAGACGAGGACCUGGAUGAGACGCUGGCAGAGAGGCUGUGGGGGCUGACAGAGAUGUUCCCGGACACGGUGCGGACCGCCGCAGAGGUGUCCGCGCAGUGCUCCGUUUCCCUCCUCAAGAAGUUCUACAGUUUUUCCCGCUCCGCUCUGUGGGUGGGCACCACCUCCUUCAUGAUCCUGGUGCUGCCGGUGGUGUUUGAGACGGAGCGUCUGCAGCUGGAGCAGCAGCAGCUGCAGCAGCAGAGACAGAUCCUGCUGGGACCCAACACCGGGAUGUCCGGGGGAGUGCCGGGGAUGAUGCCUCCCGCGCCCGGGAAGAUCUGAUGAAUGCGAGGACGGCGUGCGACGGAGAUUCGCUGCCAGGGAUCCGGCGGGGUCGCUAGGAGGAGAGACAGAGAAAAGCAGCAGCAGAGCUGCACCACCGCCGCUCUCCUCAACAUGUGGUUGGACUAUCAGAAGACGGCAGGAUUCUCAGCGUCUCCUCUUGGUCCCGGUGACAUGCAGAGACUGGUCUCCAGGAGCCCCUGCUUCGGUUCAUUUCCUAAAAAAAACAAAAAACAAAAGUCCUUCAGUGUUUGUAAGAUGUUGUUUAGGAGCUGACGAGGUUUAUGUUGGUCUGAGGAGUGUUUUCAUGUCAUUUAUGUUGUCUUUUGGAGUUUUUUUUUUUACUUGUUUGUUGAAAAUGUCAUUGAUGCUCAUGAGACAUCCUCUGGUUUUAGGAGGAAAACAACCUUUUCCUGUUUUUCUGCCUCUUUCACUUCUCUUUAACGGCAAUGCGAAUGUCAAACUCCUCGAUUUUAACUGUUUUUCUUUUCCUGUAAACAUAAAUUAUGAGAAAUCAAAUGUCUUAACAGGCAAGAUUGUGAAAUUCAGGCAGUUUGAAACUUUUUAAACAAAGUAUUUGUCACUGUGUGCAUCAUUCGACAUGCCCCACAUUUAAAUAAGUUCUCUCCUAGGAUUACAAACAUUAAAAACCUCACAACAGAA